AUGAAAGAUGCACCUGGUGACAAAGGCAAAGACUCCUCUGCCCAAAAAGAUUUCAGCGUUAACGAGCCUAAUAUUUGUAACACUAGUAAGAACUUUGUUUUUGAGAUCGACAUGAAAAUUAAUUCGGAAGAGGAAUCAUACAAUGCAUAUAAUUCAUAUGUCGUGGCAAGAGGUUUUGGUGUUCGAAAGGGAGGAAAAACUAAUAAUGUAAAAGGAGAGACAACAAGACGUUUAUUUCUUUGCUCUUGUGAAGGACAAUCGGAUAAACUUUCUCCUUUUCAAGAAAGAAAGCGACAAAGAUUAGAAUAUAGAUGUGGUUGUAUGACUCGUAUAAAAUUUAAAAUUUCAAAUGGAAUAUGGGAAGUUUGUGAAUUCAAUGAUGUGCAUAGUCAUCCCAUGAUAGAAGAUAAUUUGAAACAUUUCAUACAUUCUGGUCGUAGGCUUACAAAUGCUACUAAAAAUAUUGUUGGUUCUAUGAUUGAUGCCGGUAUUCGUACAAAAAAAGUUGUUCGAUAUCUUCAGAAUGAAGCGGGUGGAGUUAAAAAUGUAGGAUUCAUUGAACAAGAUGCUCAAACUUUGUUCAAGCACAUAAGAGAAAUAUGA